AUGCAACGCAAGCAGUCCGGUGAGGCAGAGGGCCCGGCCAAGGGCAAAGCGCAGGAAGGCGAGCAGCCCCCCAAGGAAGAAAGUGAGCCCAAGGGCAGCAGAAGCCCUGGCUCUGAAUCAAGGCAAAGAUCCCACUCCGGCCACGGGCGCAAACACAGCAAAAAGCAUCAGGCUGACCCCCAUGCAGCUGCCAUUAAGACCUACUCCCCUUUCCUCAACACUGUCUUUGGCAAGGAGAGGGAGCUUUCACCAGUGGAGCUGGAUGAACUGCUAGAUGCCUUCAAGGAGUUUGACACUGACCAGGACGGCUACAUCAGUUACAAGGACCUGGGAGAGUGCAUGCGAACUAUGGGCUACAUGCCCACCGAGAUGGAGCUGAUUGAGAUCUCCCAGCACAUCAAAAUGCGCAUGGGAGGUCGUGUAGACUUUGAGGACUUCGUAGAGAUGAUGGGCCCAAAGUUGCGUGAGGAGACUGCUCACAUGGUGGGCGUGAGGGAGCUGAAAAUUGCCUUCCGUGAGUUCGACACAGAUGGGGAUGGAGCGAUCAGUGGGGCAGAGCUGCGCCAGGCCGUGACUGUACUCAUGGGGGAGCAGCUCAGUGGCCAGGAAGUGGAUGAGAUCCUGCAGGACAUGGACCUCAAUGGGGAUGGAAGAGUGGACUUUGAUGAGUUUGUGAUGAUGCUGUCAAGCAGGUAA